CUUUUAUUUUGAAAUGCAGUUCAGUCAUCGGCGGGCGCUCAUGGCUUCACAGGCGCGCGCAACAUUUCCCGGGAUUUUAGGGCCUAGAAAUAAAUAACUGAGUGUCAAUGCUGCUCUUGAACCCGAGAGAGAGAAACCUCCCUCACUGACGUAUAGAGACGGGCCGCAGGAUGCCGCCUGUGUCCGGAGUGGAAGAAAGCUCCGGGGGUCUCAAACGUUCAGACUGCCUUUGUCCGGUCUGUCUGGACAUAUUCCUGGAGCCGGUCACUUUGCCCUGCAUGCACACCUUCUGCAAGCCCUGCUUUAAGGAAACCGUGGACAAGUCCAACAUGUGCUGUCCACUUUGCCGAAAACGCGUGUCCACUUGGGCGCGACUCAACAGCCGCAACAAGACCUUGGUGAACGUGGAGCUGUGGAGACGCAUACAGGAUGCUUUCCCCACUCAGUGUGAGCGGAGAGUGCAGGGAAUCGAGGACGACGAUGAUGCUGUAACGAUCCCGGGACCUCGCGUGUGUCAGCCGGGAGAGCUGAGGAAAGAGUAUGAGGAUCAGAUCAGCAAGCUGGUGGAGGAGAAGCGAGCUCUAGAGGAAGCCGAGAGGAGGGCCAGUGAGGAGUACAUCCAGCGGCUCCUGGCUGAGGAGGAGGAGCGCUUGGCGGAGGAGAGGAGGAGACGGGAGGAGCAGCAGCUGGAGAACGAUGAGAAGCUGGCCAGACUGCUGAGCCAAGAGCUGAAUUCAGGACCAAUCUCUGAUAAUGCACCAGCAAAGAAGACAAAACCAAACAUGGGGGACAUUGAGAAGUUCUUGCGUCCCGUGCCUCAUAAGCAGCCGAGCAGUUCUCACAGCAGCCCAGAAUCCUCUCUGAUGGCUAAUAAGGAGAACAUUCUAAGCCCUCCAAAAACCCUCUCAGCACAGUCUGUGGAGGACACAAGCAAACUGAGCAGGUCUGUGCUGGACUACAGCGGGAACCCCUCCACCUCCAGCUCCAGCUGCUCAGAACACACGCUUGUUUUUAACAGUCCAAGCGGCAGCUCGCUGAAAAGGAAGAGUUCAGAGAUGGAGCUUCAGACUGAAGCGGAUCUGCUCGGUAAGAGGCCCUGUGCCGCUCCGCAGUGUGAGUCUCCUUUAGCCGACAGCACGUUCCUGUCUGAUGUGGCGUGGUACGAUGAGGCCUUACAGAGCCGCUGGCAGCAAGAGGAGGAGGACCGGAGACUGGCCUUGAGACUUCAGAGGGAGCUGAACCGCGAAAACACCGUGGACCGCAGGAAGGGUUCAGCCAACGGCUAUUCGCUCCGGCAAAAACACACUCCACCUUCCACAAGCACAAACACAGACGAGGAAAAUACGAGUAAGGACAUCAGUACGACGCGGUCGACUGUGAGGAACAGCACGGGGUGCAGGGACGGCGAGAAAACCGAAAAUAGACUCUCUGGAACAGAAGGAACAAGCCCUGCAUCUUCUCCUUCAACAGACGUCCCGGCUGCUCUGAAGAAGGGGGCGAAACAGACCACCCUGACUGAGAUGUUCCCCAACCUGAGCAGCUGAACGAUGCUCUGCUGCUUUUAUCUGGGAUCUUAUUCACCCUUCAGACUCGAAACCCUUGUUAGGUGCUGUGCUGCUACUAAAGGACGUCCUGCAGCCGGUUUCCAUUGUCUUUUUUGGCUUCUGCCCAUAUGUUGCUAACACUCCUUCAGUGCCUUUCUAGGGAGGGUCAUCCUGUAAAGUCAUGAUGAAAUGGUUUCGUUUUCUGCAGCGUUUUUAUAGUCAUGACUAACUUAGAGUUUGUGAAUGCUGCAGAAGAGAGUCAUUUUGUAAGCAUUUGCAGGCAUUUUCACUUUGAUUGAAUAAAGGGAAACUUCAGUUUACAAAAAAAAAAAAAAAG